GCGUGGAUAGUUUGAUCUUUAGAUGUUCCCACUGAAGAGGAGUAGAUUAUAAAGGAGGAGGAGAAGUUGGAUUUUGCUCAUCAUCAUCAUCGAGUUGUUGUACUGUCCGUCGUUUUCCUGUUCUCCUUCUAUUUGUAUUCCUUUCUUGAGUUCUCUGGGUGUAAUUUUAUUAAUAUUUUUUUAUAACUGGACGGUUUUGACUGAAACUAUUUUCCACAAACUAAGGAUAAGGAUAAAGAAAAAUAGGACGCGACAUUUCUUCCAAUUGGAUAUGAAUUCAACAAAGCUGUUGGCAUUUCUUGUAGUUGGAGUUUUAGCAACAGAAAACUGUAGGUUGAAAGUCACAUGCAGUCCUCAAGCUACGGAGUGUAAUAAAACUGGCCUUUCUCUGGAAAUGGAGGUGUGUGGAGGACGCUUCAAGACUGAUAUGGCUCACUUAGACCCUCAGAAAUGGUGCAACUUAACACAUUUUAUUAGUGAAUACCAUCAUUUAACAUCCUGCACAGAGAACAGUGCAGUGAAGUUUGGCUGUUUUUGGCCCCACCCAGUGGUAGAGCGUUACUUAAUCCUUAUCCAUAAACAAUUUUUUUUCAAUUGCACUUGUAUACCCAAAGUCAAUAAUGACAAUAUAGAAGACACUCUUACCUUAACCACAUAUCUUAUCAUUUUUGUUAUAGUCUUUAUUUCACUGAUCAUUGUAACAUCAGUGAUGUGGUGCAGCAAGCAGAGAUAGUACCUAGAGGUUGAAAAAUGCUAUCUAUACUGUACACAAUAACUUUUACCCAUAGUACCACUCAAACAUGCAACCAUGAGAUUUAUAUUAGUUUUUAACUCAUUUGGCUGAUGCCUUUAACCAAAGUGACUCACAAAUGAGACGAUGCAACUGAGCAGUUGAGGCAUAAAAGCCAUAUUUAAAGGUUAUACUGGGAUUUGAACUUACUUCCUCCAACAAAGUUAAUGGUAGUGCAGUGUAAUUGAUCACAACCGCCAGAUUGAUCUGAAUGAACAGUACAGCAGAUAAUUUGUUAAUAUAACCUUGUAAAAAUGUGAACCUAAAAAUACAGAGCAAUCCAUGAAUUCUGGCACCCUUGGGAAGUUGGAGCAUUGAAACCUGUAUUGUUUAUCCCUUUUGAUCCUUUGGUGAAACAUUUAUAAAAUGCAAAUACAACACAGAUUUAUCAAAAAUAAAUAUUUAUAUAUCAGCAGUCUUCUUCAGUUUUGCCUUUUGCCAUUCAGAUUAAGAGGUCCAAGCUGGUGGACUCUCCUCUUUAGUUCACCCAAGUCAAGCUAAAGCAAGACUAUGAUUUUUUUAUUCAGUAAACCAUUUUUGAUGUAUGUUUUGGAUCAUUGCUGGAGGAUCCAACCACAAACUAUUUUAAACUUUCUGACAGAGGCAAUUUGGUGAUCAUUUUAUAUUCACUGGUAUUUGAUAGAGUGGGCAUCAGCUGCUUUUCAAUAUGGCUACCUCUCUGGGUGUGCCAAAUACACAUCUAAACACCAUAGGGAGGUGUGGCACACACAGACCGGUAGCCAGUUGCCAAAAAAAGCUCUAUUUUGAUUGCAUCUGAUCAUAGAUCCCAAUCCCUUUUGAAGUGCCGGUAGAGACUGGCUACCUGAAGAAACUUGAGUUUGUUGAGAGAGUAGAUGCUUUUUUUCUUGAAACACCUUCAAACAACUUGCAGUGAUUAGGUGAUAUGGAUUGUAGUUUUGUAAACUUUCUGAAUCCAAUACACAACUAACUCAUGCAAUUCUCCAGCUGCCAUCUUCUGAGAUUUUUUUUGCCUCUUAAACCAUCCUCUUCAUAGUGUGUUAAAACAAUAUAGGCACAUGUCCUCUUCCAGGUUGAUUCAUAGUUUUUCCAGUACCUUCUUAAUUAUUGUCGUGCUAAUGGAAAUUGCCAUUUUUUUAAUGCUUUUACUAUUCUUAUAGCCAUUUCCCAGUUCCUUUUGCUGCACAUUGCAGUUAUUUUUGUCUUACCCAUUGUGAUAAAUGACUAAUGGAAUUUGGCCUAUGUUUUUCCUCCUAUUUAUACCUUUGUGAAAGGAAGUUAAACAAUUUAUUGUUCCUUGGCAUCCAGGUGAAAAAAGGUAAAAUGUCAAUGAAACUGCAAUUCCAAUAUAUUUAACUCAUAUGACUUGAUAUGGGUGGCAAUAAUUAUGGCACACAUAAAAGAGAAGAAAAAAAGACUGUGUUGUGUUUGCAGUUGUUUAAAAUCUAUGUAAGCAGAAUAUUUUUGUUAUUUUUGUAACAAAAGAGCAAAAAGUUAAAGAAUAAAGACACAUUUUCACAGGCUUCUUUGUUCAUAUUUAAGGGUGCCAAUAUUUGUGGACAGCACUGUAUAAUCAUAUAACGCCUUACAGUGAGCUAUGAUCUGUUACCUGUUUUCCCACUUUUGCUUUUUUCCAAAGGAGGGUUGUUGUAAAGUAAUGGGACGGAGAAUUAACAACCUUAAAACUGUAAAAUUGUAAGAGCUUAGGAAGUAAAAUAUCUUAAAUAUAAUCAACUAUAUCAUGUAUUUCUUAUUAUAAGUUUACAAUGAUACAAUACAAUAUCGAAUAUAAGCUCAUCAUUCCUAUUUCUGGACAUUAUAAUGCAUAAUCAUUUUACUUCUUGCUCGAAAUACUGUGGAUGCUUAAAAUAAGCAACAUUAUCUACCAGCUGAACAAGUCAAUUAUAAGCUUGGAAUGAGUACAGGUGGCUUAAAAUAAGUUAAAUGAUCUUAUAUUCGGUUUAUUGCAAUUGGCUAAUUUAAAAAUAGUUCAUUUUCUUUUUUAUAAGUGUGUGUUGAAUAAGUAGGAAGUAAAUAUGAAGGUAAUUUUAUGUAUAAUAAAUAAAUGUUUGAUAUGUUGUUCUGCAUUGUGAGUGACCUUAAAUCACAAACUGAAUAUAGUAAAUCAUUUUAAACUCUGUUGGCUCAUGCCCUUGAAGAAUGUAAUAGGAGGCACUGGUCCAUGUGUCCACUGGAAUAACAUUCUUUCCCAGAAUCAGUAAUGAAAAAGCAGAAAUAGGCUGGCAGUAAGGUUCAUAAACUUUAACAAAUUUUUUGCACAAUUUCUCAUAUACUGCAUACCUUGUACCUGGUUGCCACGGUGUCUUCAUAGAGAUUCAAAAUUGUUUUGACAACUACAUUCAAUAUUCUCAUAUUCUUAAAUUAGAACAGAAUUAUAAUAUAGAGAAUAUGUAUGAUAGGCAAAACAUAAAUAUGAGAUGAAUAUGCACACAGCAUAUUGUAUGUUCAUCUCUUUAAUUUUUUGUUCUCUGCCUCGUUCCCACUAACAUCAAUUUUGACCCUUUCCCACGCUCACAAGAAGACAAUCCAAACAGGAUGUCAACCCCCCACUUCCUUCCUUCCAUCUCCAUAUUACUGCAUCUGAUUUGGCACUUCCACACAGACAUAUUCCCAACCCCCAGGGCUACAAGACCUACAAUAUAAAUAAAAGCUUAUGAACUUUGUUUUUUAUUGCAGUGAUGACAGCAUUUGUACUCAAACAAUGUAUUGAAACAAAUCACAUUGCUCUAUGAUUAAUAUUACCAUAAACAUUAUUGUUUGGUUUCUGGAUUUUUAAAAUGUGGUUUCAUUGCUAUACUCACUAUGGUACAAAAACCAGUCACAGGCUGAUCAGAUGUAUAAUUUCCCUUUCUGUUAUACAGCGUUAUAUAAAAUAAAACCAUUUCAAAGGAA